AUGAAGCUGCUGUUUGUGGUGACACUCUUAUGGCGCGAGGCGUUGUGCGGAUCUCCGAGCGUCCAGAUCGGUGGUUUAUUCCCCAGAGGUGCAGAUCAGGAGUAUAGUGCAUUCAGAAUUGGCAUGGUUCAGUUUGGGAUGGCAGACUUCAGACUGACUCCACAUAUAGAUAACCUGGAGGUGGCCAAUAGCUUUGCUGUCACAAACUGCUUUUGUUCUCAGUUCUCUCGAGGUGUGUAUGCCAUAUUUGGCUUCUACGACAAGAAGUCCGUAAACACCAUCACGUCCUUCUGUGAGACACUCCAUGUCUCCUUCAUCACACCAUCUUUCCCAGCAGAAGGAAUGAAUCAGUUUGUUCUCCAGAUGAGGCCAGACAUCAAGGGGCCGCUGGUUUCAUUAGUGGAGUACUACAGAUGGGAGAAAUUUGCCUAUCUAUACGACAGUGACAGAGGUCUUUCUACUCUUCAGGUAAUACUGGACACAGCAGCUGAGAAAAAAUGGAUUGUUACAGCAAUAAAUGUCGGAAACCUGAAAGAUGAAAGGAAGGACGAAGCCUACCGCUCCCUGUUUCAGGACCUAGAGAUCCGUAAAGAGCGACGCAUCAUCCUGGACUGUGAACAAGACAAAGUCAAAGACAUCAUGGAACAGGUUAUCACCAUAGGCAGACAUGUAAAGGGAUAUCACUACAUCAUCGCCAACCUUGGUUUUGUAGAUGGUGACCUCUCUAAAAUCCAGUAUGGUGGAGCGAAUGUGUCUGGGUUUCAGAUAGUAGAUUUUGAUGAUCCUGUCGUGGCAAAGUUUGACCAACGAUGGGAGGCUCUGGAAGAGAAGGAGUAUCCUGGAGCUGAUACACGCAUCAGAUAUACCUCAGCCCUUACAUUUGAUGCUGUCCAUGUGAUGACUGAGGCAUUUCGCUUCCUGCAUAAGCAGAGAAUAGACAUGAGUCGUCGUGGCAACAAUGGGGACUGUCUUGCCAAUCCCGCAGUGCCCUGGGCACAAGGGGUGGAGAUUGAACGUGCCCUAAAACAGGUGCGUGUGGAUGGGUUGACAGGGAACAUUCAGUUUGACCAGUAUGGGAAGAGAAUCAACUACUCAGUAACAGUCAUGGAGUUAAAGAACAAUGGCCCCAUAAAGAUUGGCUACUGGAAUGAGGUGGAUAAGAUGGUGGUGACAAAGUCAGACCUUUACCCCAAUGACACCAUGGGGAUGGAAAACAAGACUGUCAUUGUUUCAACUAUACUGGAAGCCCCCUAUGUGAUGUUGAAGAAAAAUUCGGAGCUGUUUCAAGACAAUGACCGUUAUGAAGGUUACUGCGUUGACCUUGCUGCAGAGAUUGCAAAGCACUGUGGCAUACGCUACCAGCUAAGGAUUGUGGGAGAUGGCAAAUACGGUGCAAGAGAUGCUGAAACUAAGAUCUGGAAUGGUAUGGUUGGAGAGCUGGUGUAUGGGAAAGCAGACAUAGCAGUCGCUCCCCUGACAAUCACUUUGGUUCGUGAAGAGGUGAUCGAUUUCUCGAAACCCUUCAUGUCACUGGGAAUCUCCAUCAUGAUCAAGAAGCCACAGAAAUCAAAACCAGGGGUCUUCUCUUUUCUGGACCCACUGGCCUAUGAGAUCUGGAUGUGCAUUGUCUUUGCCUAUAUAGGAGUUAGUGUUGUACUCUUUCUGGUAUCCAGAUUCAGCCCCUAUGAGUGGACACUAGAGGAGCCAGAGGACGGAGCGUUGCCAUUAACAACUGAAUCCACCAAUGAGUUUGGGAUUUUUAACUCCCUUUGGUUCUCUUUGGGUGCUUUCAUGCGGCAAGGUUGUGACAUCUCACCAAGGUCUCUGUCAGGUCGUAUAGUAGGCGGUGUGUGGUGGUUUUUCACACUGAUCAUAAUCUCAUCAUACACGGCCAACCUGGCUGCCUUUCUGACUGUGGAGAGGAUGGUUUCUCCCAUCGAGAGUGCUGAAGACCUGGCUAAACAGACAAAUAUUGCAUAUGGAACCCUGGACUCUGGAUCCACCAAGGAGUUCUUCAGGCGUUCAAAAAUCGCCUUGUUUGACAAGAUGUGGCAAUACAUGAAAUCAGCAGAACCUUCAGUCUUCGUCAAGAAAACAUCAGAAGGUGUUCUCCGUGUGCGGAAGUCCAAAGGGAAGUAUGCUUACCUACUGGAGUCCACCAUGAAUGAGUACAUUGAGCAGAGGAAGCCCUGCGACACCAUGAAAGUGGGAGGAAACCUGGACUCCAAAGGCUACGGCAUCGCGACACCCAAAGGAUCCCCAUUAAGAAAUGCGGUGAACCUGGCGGUGUUAAAGUUGAACGAGCAGGGGCUGCUGGACAAACUGAAAAACAAGUGGUGGUAUGACAAGGGAGAAUGCGGCAGCGGAGGAGGGGAGAGCAAGGAGAAGACCAGUGCUCUGUCUCUUAGUAACGUAGCAGGUGUCUUCUACAUCCUGGUUGGAGGUCUGGGUCUGGCCAUGAUGGUGGCACUGGUAGAGUUCUGCUACAAGAGCCGGACUGAAGCCAAGAAAAUGAAGGUUGCAGCCAACACCUUGUCGUCCCCCCAGCACACAGGAAACUACACACACACUCUGUCUUCUCCUCAACAUGCCCCCAACUUCAACCUGCUGUCCCCAAGCCACCAGCCAAACUACGCCACCUAUAAAGAGGGCUACAACGUUUACGGCAUUGAGAGCGUCAAGAUCUAA